AUGGCAGGUUCUUCUUCCUCAGAGCUUCAGCGCGCCCCCAGGAAGGAGAAGAAUGUAAAGGGGCAGGGUAGGGGCAGGAGGAUCCGAGUUUCCGCUCCAUGUGCUGCUCGAAUCUUCCAGCUAAAGGAAGACUUGGGCUUGAAGUCUGAGGGCGAGACAAUUCAGUGGCUUCUCGAACAUGGAGAGGAGUCCAUCACUAGGGCAAAGGGUGGGACCCCCGAAAUCACUGAGACAGAAAAAGAAGCUGAGCUUGUCGAUGAUGAUGGUGGUUCGAGGACCGGAGGACAGGCGCCUGUAGGACCUCGUCCAGUGUUUAUACCAGGGAGAGGAUACUGGAUUGUGCCUGAAGAAGGUGGAGGGCCACAACAAGUGUGGCCGGUUCCCAUGGCUCUUACCCAUGGUAUUUGCACCACGAUGCAAGGUACUAAAACAUAUCUCCAAAUAAUCAAAGAUUUCCACAUAGCCAACUCUCUAUUCCAAAAUCCACCAAGAAGGAAAUGGCAGCUAAAGGAAGACUUGGGCUUGAAGUCUGAGGGCGAGACAAUUCAGUGGCUUCUCCAACAUGGAGAGGAGUCCAUCACUAGGGCAAAGGGUGGGACCCCCGAAAUCACUGAGACAGAUAAAGAAGCUGAGCUUGUCGAUGAUGAUGGUGGUUCGAGGACCGGAGGACAGGCGCCUGUAGGACCUCGUCCAGUGUUUAUACCAGGGAGAGGAUACUGGAUUGUGCCUGAAGAAGGUGGAGGGCCACAACAAGUGUGGCCGGUUCCCAUGGUAUUUGCACCACGAUGCAAGGUACCUGUGCCGUAG